AUGUCUUACGAUGAGCCCAAUCCCCCGGGCUCUGGACCGAUGAAAAGCAAUCCGAUUGUGAACGACGAACUCAUUAAGAAGCAAAAUGAUAUCGGAGAAUUCAAAUUCAAACGCGCGCACAACAUUAACGAGCCAAUAGAUUUCGGAUAUGUCGAUAGUUUUCAUACAAAAAAAAAUAAACACACACUUUAUCACCUACGGAAAUUUGUAUUUCCUGACGAAACGCCCUUUUAUUGGGUAGGGGCACACCUAAUCAUCAUCUACAUCUAUUUCAUCUUCAGCCCGGUGGCCAAUUCGCUCAGCUAUGAGGAAGAUACUUCGAAUUGUAAAAUAUUUUGCUUCAGAGAAGAAACUCUACUAUUAUGGAGUCACUUCAUCGUCAAUAUCUUGGUCUAUAUGUUGGCUAUGCUUUUAAGAAUAAUAUUUAUGUGUAUUUCUACUAAUAUUGUAAAAAUUAGAUCAUUUUUUGCACUAGCUUUGUCUAGAUCAUCAGAUCCAGAAUUGAGUUAUCUCUUUUGGACCAUAUCAAUGUACAUUUUCCUCCAAAGAUCUCUUGUAAAAGUCCAAAAUACAUAUCGUGUGGAAUUGCUCAAUUCAUUGUUCAAUAAAAAAUUCAUCUUCAACGAUCGCUCAGGAACUUGGAUAUUCUUUAUCCAAAAACUUUACAUGAUGUUAUCCGUUAAGUUCUUAUUCCAUUCAAAUUGUAUGCUUAUUUUCGAGCUUAAGUUUGUGUCCAAUUUUUCCGUGGAGCUGAAGGAUUAUUUGGAAAAAUAUCUCCAACUCAGGACUUUUAACCUUGCAUGGUUGUCUCACGUACUGAAACGAGCAAAUGAGAAUUCGGAUAUGGGAAGGAACAUCAAACAAAUUGUAGAACUGUUGUCAACAAUAGAUCCCACUAAGAGGUUGCAGGCUAAGGAGGAGAAUUUUUUAAAAUUCGAAGCUGGAGCCUUUUCUUUUUUUAGAAAGAGAAAUAUUUUUGGAUUUGGAUGUUCCAAAAAACAUUAUAAAAAGGAUAAUGAUGAAAUAUUCAUACUGAAAAACCUUUCAUUAAUUGGCACCAAGAAGGAACAAUUGUUCACAUGGAAUGCAAUUGAAUACAUCGUGAACAACCCACCAUACAUAUCACUAGUCACGAAUAAUGUAAAGCUUGUUGAUUCAACAUCAAUCAAGUUGGCUUGCAACACUUUAUUUCUGCAGAUUGGAGAGACUUGUGAUUUGUAUAAGCAAAAUAAAAAUACCGAUUUCAUGGCUCAACAAUAUAGUGAGUUAUCAUUCAGUUCUUCUGAUUAUUCGGAACGGCUUUUCAAAGACAUAAAUCAAGUGAAUCAUAUCGAUUCCGACACACAACUGAAUUUAGAUACCAUCGUCAGAUUCAUGCCUACUGAUACUGCCAUUAAAUUCAUCAACGCCUACGAUCUAGCAGGCCACGGAUACAUCACUCUACACAUGUUCAUGAAGAAUGUGGAUGAUCUAACAAAAUUGCGAACCGAUUUGAUCAAUAAUUUAUUAAACCAGAAGAGCAUUGUAAUGCUUGUAAAACGGCUCAUUUACACCGUUUUAUGGUUAAUCUUGCUCGUAUUUGCCGGUUUGGUUAUGCGAAUCAGUUCAGACGUAGUUCUCCCUUCCAUAAUCGGCUUCAUUUCCACUUCUGUUCUCGCACUCAGUUAUUUGUACACUAAAUUCAUCACUGCGAUAAUUUUUGUCGUACUCUCAUGCCCAUAUCACGUGGGGGAUAGGGUUAGAGUUAAUGACAGCGAACCCAUGUUUGUAAAAAGAAUUCGCACCUACAUCACCGAGUUUCAAUGCAUUCACGGCAAACCAAUCAUCUAUCAGAAUGCAAAUUUAAGUACUAUGAACAUAACAAAUGAAACGCGUUCGAAUCCUGCAUUCAUACAAUUCGAUAUAAACAUAGGAGCGAAUGCCAAUGCGGCUGUUCUAAAGGCAUUGAAACAAAACAUAUCAGAUUACGUAUCAUGCCGACCUAGGGAGUUUGUGAAGAACAGUUGCGAAUUUUUCGGCACAUAUUUGGAAUUGGGCCACCUCUAUCGCAUGACAAUACGAGCUCAAUGCACCAGUGGCUGGGUUAACGCACGCAACAUUUGCCUGCAAAAUAGAUCGCUCUGCGACUUUAUCAUACACCAGUGCAAAGUGCUGGGCAUUACAUAUCAGAUACCACAAAGAAACAUAAGAUUUGCCAACCCGCUUUCAAUAACAAAGUGA